CACGCUGCCGAGAUCUACUUCAUAAAAGCCCACAUUGCCCGGAUGUUGGGGACUUGGUUGCUGGCGGACAAGUCUGGAGGUAGAAAUUAUGGUUGCCGGCUUGUCCCGUUGCUAGGUGGGGGAUUUGAGGACAUUGGCCGAUUCAGCUGGGGAUCUGCGGUUUUGACACACUUGUUCAGGAAUUUGUGUGAAUUGACAGAUGCCCGUCGAACUGACAUGGGUGGUUGCCAUAUUCUCCUUCAAAUUUGGGCAUGGAUACGAUUCCCACCCAUUGCUCCACCCCUUCCUCCUCAUCCAGAGCCGGGCACACAUUAUGGAUGCCGGUUUAAUACUGUAGAAAAAUUUAAACCUCAUGAGGUCAUUCAUUAUCGGGCAACAUUGGACACACUCUGUAGAGAUGAGGUGGUUUGACAGCCAUAUAUCGAUUAUGAGUGGCUUGACGUGACUCUAGAGCAGCAGUACCUGUGGCUUGCUGCCACACCUAUUAUCUACUUCCACACAGUAGAGGCAUGUCAACCGG